CUCUGUUCGUCGAAAAGCAGAAGACCUCCACUGAACACCAUCGCUACGCGUGCAGCUCUCUGCUAAGUAAUCUUCAAUCUUCAAAUGCCGCCGCCGUUGGCCGAGAUCCGACCCCCUUCGUCUUCGGUCCUCUUGCAACCAAACUCGCGCGCACCAUCACGUCCAAAUCCGACAUGAUUUCGGCCGUUCGGCGCAGCGAAGUCGGGAUGCGUGGUCUUCGUAAGACUGGGCACGACCAACUGUUUGAACAAGGACUCUGGUUGCGACUUGGUCUACUCAAUCAAGGUGGAGAAAGGGUUCCGACCACUUUUGCCGAACAACACAUUCACGGAAUUCGGUCCCCUGACAAGACGGUACUUGAGCCUUUGUGGUAGUAUACAUAAGAGUGUCUCUCGUGUAGGUCACAGCCCCCAUAUUCUACGAGUUUUUAUACCCAAACAGCACACAACACAGUACAGCAACGCCAAGAUGGCAGUCAAAGAUGUUCUAGACCUUCACAUAUGUAUCAUCGGAGCAGGAAUGGGCGGCCUGGCCACCGCGCUCGCAUUAGCAAAGAAAGGCUUCAAACGAAUCGAAGUUUACGAGACAGCUUCGAAUCUCGGCUUCGUCGGUGCAGGAAUUCAGCUUGCGCCCAACAUGGCCCGAAUACUGGACAGACUGGGCGUAUGGGCGGAUAUCGAAAAGGAAGCAGUAGACCUCAAAGAGACCAGCAUUCGCCAGGGCUCAACGGACCAGGAACUUGGCCAUGUCGACCUCACAUACGUGCGAUCAGCUUACACAUACCCACAUAUGGUCGGUCAUCGAUCAUCACUUGCGGGAUCAAUGUACGAAGGCUGCAAGCGAGAGAAGGCCAUCAAGUUCAUCUUCAAGACUGCGGCAGGGGAAGUGAAGUCGUACGGCCCAAACCCUACUUUUACUGCCAUUCCACGAGAAGGAGAACCGUAUGAGAUCCAAUGCGAUAUCUUGUUGGCUUCAGAUGGCGUCAAAUCAACAAUUCGGGACCAAUUACUCCGCCUCAAGAAAAUCGACGCCAAGAUCAUCGAUACCGGCCAAGCAGCAUACAGAAUCAUGCUCACUCGAGACCAAAUGAAAAACGACCCGGAACUCCUCGAACUCCUUGACUCAGAAGCUGUGACGAGAUGGAUAGGAGAGAAGCGUCACAUCAUCGCCUACCCGGUUUCGUCAAACCAGAUCUACAACAUGUCGACCGUACAACCAGAUACCCAUUUUGCUUCUGCGCCAUCAGCCACCUAUACCACGAAAGGAAGCAAACCGGAGAUGAUGAAAGUAUUCUCAGAUUUCUGCCCCAAGAUUCGUAAGAUGCUGGAUCUUGUGCCGGACGGAGAGGUCUGCGAAUGGAAAUUACGUGUUCACGAACCGCUCCCGACGUGGGUGGAGAAUCAGACUGCUUUGGUCGGAGACGCUUGUCAUCCGACUCUUCCCCAUCUUGCUCAGGGUGCUGCACAGGCGAUCGAGGACGGAGCAGUGCUGUCGGUCGUGCUUUCGAAGUUGCCAUCGACGGAUCCCCAGGCGAUUCAUAAAGCUUUGAAGGUCUACGAAGAGGUGAGACGCGAUCGAGCAUAUAAGCUCGUGGAGCUGGCUGCGGCUUCUGGACGAGCUUUGCAUUUGGGCGAAGGUGCUGCGAAGGAGGAAAGAGAUAAGCAAUUCGCAGCUUUGAAGGCGGGUAAGGGGCCGGUACCUGACAAAUGGGCUGAUGCCGAUGUGCAGAAGAUGAUUUAUGGGCAAGAUGUGAUGAAGAUUGCCGAUGAAGAGUUUGAUAGCAUUUAUGCGAGGGUUUAAUGGCAAUCUCAAUCAUCGCAGUGUUUGACAAUGUUCCCGCGAAAUGCUUCAUUCGCAUCUUUUGAGAAGCGAUAUGUAUGCGAAGUAGACGUUUCACGACC